AAUGACAUACGAAAGACGCAUUUACGUAGCGAGUUUUGAAAGUUUCUUUCAUUUAAAGGCAGCCCAAUGAAGCAGUGCUCUUGCCGAGUUUCAUUAUGAAUGUGGAGUUCUGGUGAUUCAAAGGAAAAUUGUGACCUAUUUGAUAAUAUUUAGGUGUUGUUUUUCGAAUUUACUGAUAUGUUCUUCUUCAAGUUUUCGUUUAUGUGUGUCAUCUUACACGCGACAUUCGGCCAGACAUCAGGGAAUUUCUUUAAAAGCGGCCAACGCUACACAUAUGUGUACCGCGGUGAGGCGAUCAGCCAGCAUGACACCUUGCCUGCAGGACAUGCUGUAUUCAGGUUCCAAUGUUAUCUCCAUAUCGACAUGCAGGACUUCGGUGGAGGAAGGUUACAGGUGGAAGGUUGCCAGUUGAGAGAUGACGGCACCAAUUUACAUAAAAGAUCUGAUGAAUUUGCUUCGGCAGUGCAAAGGUAUUCGAUGUACUUCCAACUCCAAAAUGAAACAUAUAUCACUAAGCUCUUUACGGAGCACGACGAGCAAGUGGACAUCACUAAUUUCAAAAGAGGUGCAAUAUCAUCAAUACUGUUCAAGCAGAGUUUAGCACCCGGAGAGCAAGAAAUGAUAAGACAGGUCCUUGUGCAAGGAGCGUGCCAAACUAGCUACACGGCUGACGAUUCUGGUGGCCAAGUCGAGAGGCUGGUAAAUUUAUCAAGCUGUGACACACACACCAACCAUAACUCUACUUCGAAAUGUACUUAUUACAUUACCAACGUAGAUUCUGAACCUCGCCUCACUAGUAUUGAGUGUGAUGAAACGUAUUUCGUAAAUCAGUUGGACUUCUUGGGUUCAUUAGGAAACUCUUCGGCGACAACCACAAAAUUAAGGCAAACUUAUAACCUUCACGUGACACCAACAGCAUCAAACUUCGACUUCCAGCACCUUGCAAGUAGCAAAAGGGUUACAACUCUGGCGUAUGACCCGACAAGGGAGAAAGUUUCAGCGGACCGGCUAAGACAGGCAUUCAAAGACAUGACCGAUGAACUGGACAUUUCCGCCAUGCCAACUAAGAAAGCUGUUGCACUGUUUGAAGAAGUCGCUGAUGUUUUACCAAGUUUUGAUCGUAUCACACUUUGGGGUUUCUUACAGGAAAGCUGGGACUGUACACAUUGUUCACCAACACAGAAGUCUCUUAGACAGAGCUGCUUGCUCGAUGCGUUGAUGGCCUGCGGCACUGCCUCUUGCGUCGAGACGUACGCCCGCGCUGCAGUUGAGGGAUACAUCAGCGGGGCGAAGGUGAAACUCUUCCUACUGGACGUUGCUUUGAAGAAAAAAGCAUCAUUACCAAUCAUUCAAGCUGUAUUUAGGCUGUGCAAGAAGGACAACGAUCGAGUGUGCUGGUUGAACCUUGGCUCCAUGAUUCACACGUUUUAUGAGGAAACCGGCCCAAUAAGUAUUCAGGUUUCCAGCGAAAUCUUGACAAUCGUGGCAUACCUCCAUCGAAUCAUUGGCACCAACUGCGAACCAUUCAUCAACAACUUCACCAACAGAAUAAUCAAACAUUAUGAUAUUGUUCUCACUUUGAAGACCAUUGGCAACAUUGGCAGUAUCAUACAGACUGUAGACCGAGACUUACGCAUGAACGGACAGGUUCUACCGACGCUUCUGAAAUGUGCUAGAAAUACGAAUGUCUCGCACAGUGUCGCGAUGGAAGCUAUCCAGGCCCUCCGUCGUUUGACGCCAGAUGACAAUCUGACAACUCAACUCCUUGGACUUCUCCGGAGCCGUAUCCACCCCAUGAUAAGGAUCGCUACCUAUAAGAUAUUAAUGAAGGCGCCAACACUUGGUGCUCUUAAAGAGAUCGUGAGACUUGUUCAGACAGAACGAAGCGAGCAUUUCAAAUCCUACGUCGUGUCGCAUCUCAAUAGCAUACUGGAGUCUGAGGACCCAGCCAUGACAAGUGUGCAAGGUACUCUCCUCAAAUGCCUCGCCGAAGAUGAGAUAUCAUUGCCGAAGCCACUCAAGAACCCAGUGACACUUUCGCAUCACAAGAAUUUCUAUAAGACCUUCAGCAUACCCAAACUUGGCCAGCCAAUAGGGGUGAAGAUAGAUGUUGACGUCAUUUACGACCCAUCCGCCAGAAUACCGGGGUCGAUUCGGGUGAAUUUGACCUUGAAUGCUUUCAGGAGGUCACUGAAUCUACUGGAUUGCGGAUUGAGUAUGCAGUAUAUGGAAGUCAUCCUUCGAAAGCUGCUGGGACAUGAUGCCGAGGUGUUGCUACAAUUCUUCGGUAUCCCUAGCUUCGAGAAGCAAUACCAACACACCACGGGUCAAACACAGUUCAAUAACAUCAGAAGGACAAUUCUUGAUAAUAUACAGCAGCUGGAUGAUAGCGUCACCAUGGGUGGAGUGCCGGAUUUGACAGGCGAUCUACGUAUAUUUGGUCACGAGAUUGUAUUUGGGAAUCUCAACGACCUGAAGCCUAUCCUUGGAUUAUUCGAGAAUCUGACGCAUUUAACCCUAAAAGACCUCCUCAACUUGUUCUUGGAGCACGACCUGAGGAAGGAUGCCAACCUUGAUGAAGCCGUUGGGUUGACACGGGAGAAGACCAUACUACCAACGAUCCUCGGUGUCCCUCUCACUGUUACCUCUAGUAGUCAUGCCCUUAUCUCACUGCAUCCUCGGCUUAAUACACAGCGCCAUGAAAGGAGUAAGAGUAUGGAUUUGGGUUUGGCAGCGGGAGGUUUCUUUAACAUGAAAACCAAACUAGCGGUCUCGAUUCCCGGGUUUGUUGAGACAGCUACGUCGUGGUCUGGCCACGUGAAUGGAAGUGUUGACUUUGACAUGAAAGCCAAGAUCGAAUUCAGCGUAUCGGGGGUCAAACUGACGUUGUCAAACCCCUUCGAAAAGAUAAAGAGAGAUGUCUUCACUGUAAGCACAAGACAGACUUUGAUAAUUGACGGCAUGGAACAGGAAGUGACUUUACCAGAUCAGCAGCCAAUCAAAAGCCGAUGUAGUUCUUUCUACCAAAUCUCAGGAAUACGACUUUGUGUUGGCGUGCGCCUGCCUCUUCAGCGUCACAAAUGGCUUCCAUUCCUUCCACUUUCUGGGCCUUUUACUCUGAAUAUCGGGCUCGAGUCCGCUCAAAGAUCGUCUCAAUAUACAAUGAACUUCGUAUUCCUGCAACCGUAUCGGAGGGGCCAACCAGGCAGGUCGGCUGGGUCAAGCUUCAGCAGCAUGAAUGUGACACUACAGGGAAGCAAAGACCUCUCAACCGAUGUGGGAAGAAGUCAAACUACCAUCUCCUUCCAGGCUAAAGGAGAACUCCUCAAGUAUAGAAGCGUUGACGACAAACCUGCUUAUAAACUGGACUUCAGUAUCAGCAACGGAGAGAAAAAGUUAUUUGAUAUCAAAUAUUACAAAACAAUGCACGAAGAACCUCUCCAAAGCCCAGUUCCAUCUGUGUUUAUACGAUUCCCAGCAACCGUGUCUAUCAAUGUCUCCUCCCCUGUCGCCUACCUAGCCAUGGUCGGAGCCACCCUCCAUCGGACUCCACGGGACUUCUCCACCCAACUUAAUGUGACGUAUUUCUGUGCAGAUCAAACAAGCUUCUGCUAUCGCUUUCACAUUCAACCACAGAGAGCAUACCAUCCAGGUCACGUGACUGAACUGUCCAAUAAGAUCACAGUGAAAGGUGACAGAAUAAAUGGAACAGGCUGGACCGAAGUGACGUAUCUUCUUAAAUUUCCAGGUCAAAACUUCCAAGUGUCAACCAGCACGAACUUUCUUCCCAGAAGUUCUGUCACUGAUGCUGAGAUGAGAUGGCUGGCCAAAGAUGGUACACAGCGAGUGGUCCAGGCUAAGAGUGAUCUCUCGGUGAGGAAGACGAAUAAGGGCGUGGAGCUGGAGCACGUUGUGAAUGGUUCCAGUGAGGAUUGGAGUGGGGAAGCCAACUGGAGUCUCCUCCGUGGACGUCGUGGUAACGUUGUUGAGGUCGAUUUCAGUUUUGAUGUUUACAGCAAGGGCAAGCGUGGAUUCGAUUCGCCUCUGAAGCUAUCGAACGUGUGGACGCCCCAGGCAUCGCAUACGACAGUCACGCUACCACAACAUGACGUGGCCAUACAUUACUUGGUCGACAAGAGCGACCCCACGUACAGGAAUAUGACAUUCUAUCAUGAAAACUUGAGUAAGGAAGAACAUCAUCUGGAUAUAAGCUGGCAGAUGGCCCUUGAUCGGUCGCACCGCUUAUUCUCCAAUGUGACUGUCACACCCUCAGGACAGCGCGGACUAUCAACGGUCUCGGAUCACAUCAAGCAGGUUGCCUUGGUUUGGGUGAAAAGUGCCCGGAAAUCACUGGACCACAGUUUCCUUCCGAAGGGAGAAAGCGAUAUGAACUGUUCCAUUGAUGGACUGAGUCUUAUGGAGCACCUGCUCUUUAUCGAAACUAGAAUUUGCCUGUACCUUUGGAAUGAAUCGACCUCUUGUAAGUUCGGGCCUCCAUACCGGAUAAUGGACUUGGUCCCAGCACUGCGUACAGUCGUUGAGCGAGCAAAGACGAGUCUGUAUCAAGCAAUAACGAGAAACAACAUACCGAGACGUAUUGGACCUGAUCGUCCCUGGGAAACGAUGGAUAAACACUUUUAUUCCAGUGUUCGGCUGCCGUUUGAGUGGAAGGAUUUUGACGCCCUUCCAACACUAGCUCAGAAUCAGAAAGGACUCCUUAAGAGACUGAAGGGAAUGAUUCAGAAAUUGAAGAAUAAAGAAGUAAUUUCACAGCAAUCUGAGCCACGUUAUCAAACUGCCAUGAUUUUUGGUGUUGGCUAUGUUCAGACAUUUGAUGGUUUACUGUACGAGCAUCCGGGGUACAGGAGUAAUAGAUGUGCAUACCUUCUCGCUCGAGAGUUUGACAGCAGUGUGUUCAGCAUUAUGAGCACAGUGGACGCUGUGACGCUGCUCUUACCAAACCUUGCCAUCAGCAUAGAUGGAGAAAAUAGAGUUGCUGUAAAUAUGACGGACAGGUUCAUAGAGUUACCAUUUACGAGUCGUGAUGGAAAUGUGGUGAUCCAUGCCGAUGGCCCUUACGUCAAUGUUCACACUUCCUACGGUAUUGAUGCGACUUGCGAUUCGGUCAAUUUCCAAUGCCUGUUCAACAUCAGCGAGAUGUACCACAACCACACUCUUGGACUGCUCGGUACCAAUGACGGUGAACAAUUAAACGAUAUGAGGAAGCCUACUGGUCGCCUGGCAGCUGGGAUCGUCGAUUUUGUUGAUGCUUAUGAAGUUAGUGGGAAGGCGGAGUGCUUGUAUAAUUACGGCUUCACGUCACCUCGUGCUGUCUCACCAACAAGAACUUGUGCGAACGACACAUCACCGACGUGCAAGAAAUUAUUCCACGAAAGACGUUCGUCCUUCUCUGACUGUUUUAGAGUUAUUAAGCCGUUAUCUUACAUGGACUUUUGUGUCGAGAUCGUCAAAAACUCUGACGUAAGUACUCCAUCCUCCACACUGUGUUCCCUGUCAGCAGCUUACGUCACAGCCUGUCGGUCUAGAGGGGUAAACAUCAAACACCUGGACUCAUGUACUUCUUGUAAUGGGCGUCCGAAUGGUGCAAUAUGGCAGCAAACGAUACAAAAGACGGCUGAUAUCGUGUUCAUCAUAUCACAACAUGGUAACGUGAGCAUGCAGCAUGAUUUCAACCCCCGUCUUCAGCAUCUGGCUCACCGCAUCGAACAUGCCCUUGUUGGGAGAGAGGGGUAUGACCAUUUGAGAUACGGCCUUGUUGGUUUCGCCGGGGCAGGAAUGCGGGGACCUAAUUCCUUCACUAUUGAUGGGCAUCUGUUUGGACCCUAUCAAGAAUUCCACCGUGUCCUUCGGCAAAUGCAAUACACAGACCAGAAGAAAACCGAUGCUUUGGACGCUGUACGCUUGGCAGCAAGCUACCCAUUCCGAGCAGAAGCGUCAAGAGUUGUCAUUCUCGUCACUGGUAAAGAAAGAGAUCCCUCACGACCAAGAGAGCCGCUUGUUGAUGUCCUCCACGCGUUACAGAGGAACAGCAUCAGACUUUACACAGUUUCCCGCUACCCGGACCUCACCAGACGGGCAUCGGUGAUCGGCAUCACAUGUGACAAUCAACUUGUUACGAACAACAGGAAGACCUCGGUCGUUGUCAGCGAUUUUCCAAAGGGCGACUAUGCAAAACUGAGUAAAACAACACAAGGAGCUGUUUUUUCACUCCAUCACCUGAUACACUCUCCAAUUCCGAGCAGACUUUAUAGCCAUCUUAGCAACAAUAUUCGCCAGCAGGUGGCUGGAGAGGUUACCAAAUGUCGGAAGUGCGAAUGCCUCCAAGGAAGGGCAGGCGAAGGUGUGGCGUCGUGUAAAAAUGGCAGCGGAGAAUGCUAGCACUAUAGCAGAGUUGUUUGGAUCUCCACACUAUCAAGUUUGACUCCAUGAUACUAUGCUUCGUCGUGUUCAAAUUGAACGACUGUUUUUUUUGAUGGACUUACCAACCAUGCGAAGCGGCAGUAGCCAAUGUUUCACCGACUCGCACAUUAUUAAGUAUGAGUCAGUUGCAAUUUCGCCGAAUCAGUAUGAUAACAACAACGUAAUGACAAGGACCAGGGCAGUUGUCAGAACAAGUCAGUUUCAAAUUAACGUGGUGUUAACUUUGACUUAAUUGGGUAAAUUGAAGUAUAUAACGCCAAGUUAGCGACAUAACUUGUUUCGAACAACCAGGCUCAGAAGGGAACAUUUAUACUACAACAAUGAAGGAAAUGGAUUUGUAUUUCUUUUUAUUGAAUUGACGUCAAGUUACCGAGCAACUGGAAAAUUUCUUUCGUGGAUGCUGUAAAUAUGAUCAUCAUGAUUCCAAAAUUUUGGAUUUUUUUUCAUUUUAUUUUAUGAUAUGUAAUGCUCACGAGUAAUAUUAAACCAUGUGUCUUA